CGCCAGACACAUCGACCAACAUGCCCUCCUAUUUUUUUCGCCCAAGUGUCCACCUAUCUUGUCAUGUAAUCACUGUAAAGCCCUUGUCCAUUGAAAUAAGUAUUUUAUAAAGUUAAAAAAGCAUUCAGCUUCUCAAAAUAAAAUGUUAAUGACUCCCAAUUUAAAAUUUAUUAAAGGAGACUUGUGCGGGGGAGGUAAAAAGAACGGCGACAUUAAUCAAAACAUACGGCCAUACCGUAUUUUCCUAAUUUCGUCCAUUUACAUCACAAAACGGCUGUAUAUCAUUCGUCAAACUUCUUUAACAUGAUAUAGAGUUUGAUUUAGGAUAGAAGAAAACCAGACGCGACAACGUGAAAGCCUGAGACUUAAAUUAGGUCAUAAUACACCGUGUGUGCGCAGUGGUUGGAACAGCCAACUAUUCGGCCGAGAGACAUUGGUGCGCAUAGACUACAUGUGUGACAACAAGGAACGAAGAGAGAGAAACCUAGUGGGAUUUUAAUGCUGUGUGAACAGAAAAUAAGCUUUGAUGGAACACCUCGCUCAUCAGGGUCUUAAUCCCCAUGUACAGCGGGUUCUAAAAAACUUUCAAACGACUGCAAUGAGGAGUUUACAGGGACCAGGACCGGGCGGGUUUCCUAGCCUGCUCUCGCCCUCCGACAUGGCUGAGCUUGAGGAAUACCGUAAAGCCCUCGUAAAGAAACUUCCAUCGGACAAGGGUGUGGAUUUUGAAUCUCUGAGGGUACCCCCUCCCCCUUUCCCUAUCCAGCAGAUGCCGGUUUUCACUCCUGUGGACACGCCGAGUAAAAGUGAAAAAAUUGAAACGUUACUCGAGGAUGAGAGAAUUGCCUGUUUUUUAGUAGGAGGUGAAAAGAGGUUGUGUUUACCACAAAUUCUAAAUACUGUAUUACGUGAGUUCAGCUUACAACAAAUCAACGCUGUUUGUGACGAAUUACAUAUUUUUUGUUCGAGAUGCAAUGCCGAGCAGCUUCACAUUCUGAAGGUGACGGGGAUUUUGCCCCUAAACGCACCGAGCUGUGGACUUAUAACUAAGACCGAUGCUGAACGUCUUUGUAAUGCUUUGCUACAUAGAACGCCGGAAAAAUUCAACGAGCCCCCUUCGCCCGAUAGCUUCAAAGUCUAUCACGAGUGUUUUGGAAAGUGCAAAGGCAUUUUUAACCCGGAAUUGUAUACUAAUGGCGACUCUAAAUGUAUCCAAUGUGUGGAUUGUUUGGGAUCGUUUAGUACCCAGAAGUUUGUGUGUCAUUCUCACAAAGCCCUAGAAAAUAGAACUUGUCAUUGGGGGUUUGACUCGGCUAACUGGAGGUCCUACCUCCUCCUCGCAAAAGAUCAAGACGGGAAGGAUAAGUUACAAGAUAUUCUCGAACGAAUGAAAAUCAAGUUUGAUUCGGGAAACAAGUACAAGCGAAAGCAGACAUACGACAGCGAAACAUUGGACUUAAAGCGAGCGAAGAGUGAAGAUAGUGCUAGUACAUCAAGCAGUGGAUCCUGGGCAGAUUCAGUGUCAGGGAUGCGUGGACUGUCUGCCUUCCGACCAUGGUCACCGAGCUUGCUCAUAGCGCUCAAGGAUGGGAAACUUUUACCAGCGGCGCCCGCCAUCAUGAGGGAAGGACUAAGUGGCAUCCCCCCACCAUAUCUACACACAGGGCCCCCAGUUCUGCUCCACCCUGAGAGAGUUAUCCCCCUUUCAGAAUCAUCUAGAUACGAAAGAGGAUUUGCCCCAAAUGUUUCACUGGCCCCGGCCUCGCAGCAAAAGCUUGAUCUAGACGAUGUCUCGGAAGACGAAGAGACUCCGAUUCCGCACAGGAAGCUGACAAUUCCGGAUAAAGUAACAGUUACGUCCCUAAGUGUGGACAAGCAGACUUCUGAAUAUCGAGAGUGGGAGGUCCUUAGCGAGUCGGAAGAUUCUUCACAGCUGUCUGAUGGAGAAGAAAAUGGUUCUACACUUUCCCCCAAAUCAGCAAAGGUUGUGGAAAUCCAGGAGAUGGAAAUGGUCCAGCGGGCUCUGAACAGAAAAAUCGGAAGCUCUCAGGAAGAAAAAGAGGAUUUCCUAAAAGACUUCUCAAAUUUACAGAAGAAGCGUGAAGAACAACUAAACAGAUGUAUCCAAUCAAAAAAAUCUCUCAAACAGGAGUUAUCUGCCCUUAAGUUGUCUACGAGGGAGAAGUUACAGCGACUAGCCGACCAGAACGAGAAGCUAGAGAAGGACAUGGAGAAAAUGAGGAUAGAAUCGGAAUGUCGUUUGGAGGAGGCACAGGAUGACAAGGAGAGGCUGUUGAAGGAAAUCAAACGCUUGCAAGGGAAAGACAACAUUGAGGCAGUUAAACUUCUGCAAAUGAAUCGGGAGAUUACAACACGACUCCAGCAAUAUGAAGCAACUUACACACAGGUGCGCUGUGAAAACCUGCUGAUGCAGGAAGAGUUACAGAGACUAGGCGUACUGGUGCCUGACCUCUUGUCUAAGAAAAAGUACAACGGGCAUUAUACACCCUCCAAGGGGUCAUCAGAGGGGCGCUACACUCCGUCUAAAGGGUCCCCCGACACCUCUCCCACCGGUGCCACCCCACGACACCACAGCAACCAAACAAUGUUCAUCAAGAAGGAGAGGGACACUUAAAAUACACAUCCCUCGCAUGACUUACAAGGGGAAGUAACUCUCACCAACUUUUAUGUUGUGAUGUUGAAGAUCAACAGAUAAUGGUCCUGGUGUUUUUACAGUGUAUAAAGCUUGGAGUAUGUUCAGUACGAGCAGUACUGCCGUGUGUUUGGGCAUUAGUAUGGAUGGGUCAAUAGAAAAAAUAUUCUGUUUUACGAUGGAAUUAUUUUUCUUCCGGAACAACAAGUCUAACAUGACAGCAAAACAGUAGUUGUGUUUUCUACAACAUGUUUUGAGCAACAAGAAUCCGACACUGAACAAAGACAGGAGUUGUGUAAUAAUAUAUAUAUAUACAGUUUAGUGUUGUACAAUUUUAUCGGCCAGUGAACCUGUAAUGACGACUUAAAGGCAGACUUAAUAAUAGAAAGGACUUAUGUUAUAUUUAUCGUGGAUAUCAUCAAUAUGUUUAACUCAUUCAUUGGACAUUAUCCUGCAUAAUUUACGUGUGUUUUUGUGACCUUCCUGCGUAGAGAUUGUUAUCAGGAUAACAUUGGUCCACAUCCCAACCUUUUCACUGUUGUGAAUAUGAAAGAAGAACAAAUUAGUGAAUUCAUUCAUUUAUUGUGUUUGUAAAAAAAAACUUGCAGAGAAAAAGAUAGUGUAUAUAUAUACGUAUAGAUAUAUACACAUUAAAAUAACAAUUCAAUUUUUUUUCUCUCCCUGAUGUUUUCUUCACAAUUUCUUCUUGGACUGGAAGGAACUGUGAAAUCUGAUAUGGCUGUGAUGUUCAUCUGCUUGUAAACAGUGCUUCGUAGUGUAGUAUGUAUGUGUGUGUGUGCAUAUAUAUAACUUUAUGUAUUUUUUUGUGGUCAGUUAUCUCCCUUAUGUCGAAGCUCUCUUAUGAGGGAGGUUCGUUUUGUUUCAGAAUGACAUAUUCUCCCACCAAGAAAUUCUUUUUUGAGAGUUUGUGUGGGAGAGUUUAAUCAUUAGUAACAAAAUCACGCCUCCUUUCCACGGGAUUUCUUUUUCCUGAAGUCUCUUGUUUGGAAAUAUGCUUCCCCAUAAUAGAAGGGGGGAAUCAUUUGUGUGUAAAUAACUUUGAAACAACCAUGAAUAUUGGUCGUGUAGAAUAAUAUAAAUAACAUAGUCUCUUUUGCUGACAUUUUGUUUUAGCAAAAUUCUCAUCGUUUAGUGAAUAUUUUUGCUGUUUUAUGAAACUAGUAAGACUUUUCAUUUUUCUCUAUUUGAAGAACUGGAAACAUUUUGAAAAGGUUUCAGUUUUUUGAAAAAGAUAAAAGUGAUCAUGUCAUGAUCAUGCCCCCAUUUGUUAAAUUGAUCAAUCACCGAACCAUUUGGUCAAUAGUGGUGUGAUGUAUAUAGAUACGAAUGUUAUCUAGAUCAAAUUACUGCUAUUGUUCGUUGACAAUAUGUGUUACAUUUAUGACUAUUAUCGCUCGUUCUUAUCUUUGAUAAUUCCGUGCAGUAUUUUGAGGACUGUGUGUUGUAAUAUUAUUAUUAUUACUACUAUUAAUGUAGGAGAUUUAUGUGUAAAAUGGCAUUGGUUUGAUUGUGCUAUCAACAUUACGGGUCCAUGGGCACAGUCUGCUACUUCAGGUUUUAGUCACAGGUGACACAGUUGAAGGGAAUUCAAGAUUAAAUUUUUGUCUAAAUCAACAACUGGAUGUUAAAUGUGAAUUAUAUUCCAGGUUCUUAUACAUAGAAAAAAAAUCCAAUAUAUUGGCUGAAAAGUUGGAAAGUUGAUUUCCCUUUAUCAGUGUCAGUUGACCUCUGAAUUAGUGCACAAGUGAUGACAAAAAUGAGGCUUUUAGCGGUGCUAUCACUAUCUCAUCAUGGGUUGUCUCCAUUUGUCAAAUCUUUUCAUUCCUAUCUGUGUGUAAAGGAAAUAUCCCAUUUCAUUGAUUCUUGCUAUUCCAUCUAUUGUUUAGGGUUCAGAGGAGAAUGAGUAAGAUUUUUACGAGGUUGGAUGGCUAAAGAUCAAGUAACAAAAUGUUUUAUAUUAUCAGGAGUGAACUGAUUUGACUGGGAGGGUUAAUUUUUACUAGCACUGUAGCCAGCUUCCCCUGGAAAUGGUCAGUGGGUUAUUAUUUUACUGUGUUUUAUAUGUCGCAGAACAACGGGGAAUUAGGAGUUAACUCCUCCUUAUCUGGGGAAUGCAAGAGUUACUUCCCCAUGGCAGCAACUACAAUGAACUUCUCUUCCAUUGCAAGGCAGCUGGUCAUAUUAACAGUCCUGCUCGUUUCAAACCAAGGUUGAGGCAGAAAUCCUUAAAGAUGUGUAACUUAACUAAUUCACCCCUGAAGACCCAUUUGAACUCUUCCAAUUUAAUGGUUGGAAUAGAUCAUUAUGGAAUUUCGGGGGUGAAUGUGUUCAGGGUUUACUGGCAACUACUCCAACAAAGUAAGCUGACUUGCAGUGUAGAGAAAGCUAGAUUUUUACAGAAGUGAACAUCGACAUGUUAAAAAUUGUGCAACUUCUGUCAGCCAAUCAGAGAGAGGAUAUAUAAGUAGUUUAGGGCUUGUAAUACACAAUCUGAUUGGUUGUUCAAAAGCAAACCAGGGUGAUAAUAGUGUCAAGAAAUGUAUUUUUUUCUCGUUCAAGAGAGGAAAUUGUUUUUGUUAUUAUUAUUUAUUUUUUUUGCAAUGAAGAAAGUUGUGUUUUGCAUGGACAAAACUUGCUAUUACAUCACUAGAAAGUUUUAGCUUUUUUAACUGUUAUCGAUCAUGCAUGCAUCCCGUCGGCCCACACUACACCAUCACAAGGGCACCUGUUGUGAUAUUUUACGACACUCAGCGCUGGAGGGGCUAUACUGUUAUUCAUGUUACCAGUUAUACAAGUCUUGUGCCAUUCCACACUCGAGAUAAACAGACCCCUCCCCUUUUCAAAAACAAUAGUAGAAAACUAGCACUCGCCACUAAAUCACUUAAUAGUUUUCUGUUUUCUGCAACAUAAUCUGAAUGGUGAAUAAUUAUAAUAAGUCCUCCCUGUUUCAUGUCUGUGGCACGUGCACUGCAAUCUUAAGAUAAUGGGCAAAAUUAUCUAAUCCUACAUGUACAAACUACGACGUAAUUGGUUGAUCUCGGUCCCCUCAUAUAUAAGAUAAUAUUAGUAAUUUUAACUGGAGUUCGGUUAUUGCAAGUAUAACCUUAAGGAAAAGGACCUUUCAAACCUUUUUCUCAUUUCAAUUUUAAAUGAGUUAUAGAAAUUGAAAAAAAAAAGGCUUUCAGAAUUCAGUAUGUAUUUUGAACAUUGUUUGAGAAUUCAGUAUGGUUUUGGAAUUAGGAUUUAAUUGUCAUUUUAGAAAGGAAAAAGGAUUUUUUUUAAACUGAAUACCAUGCCAAAUUUGAUAGAAAAGUUUUAAGCCUUUCCCGGAGGAGGCAAGGUUUGAGAACAGUUAUAAUCUGGCAGAUUAUGAGGUAAUAUCACUAGAAGCCUAGCCGUGUCUUUAUUGAUUUCUCCUCCACAUGACGCCUCGUCGGUCGGCUGGCUGGCGUACAUACAAGGUCCCCCCAUUCACAAUCAAUACAGCACCAGUGUGUCUGUGGCAGAAGACUUGUCGUAACUUGCGCACUGAAGCUUUUGUUUUUUAUUAUUGUAUAUCUGAAGUGCUUGUUGUGAGGGCAGAAGGUGAUUGAAUCACUGAUCGCCCGACAUAUUAUAUAUAUAUAUAUAUAUUUAUCUCAUCCAUAGAGAAAGUUGAUGGUCACUUUCACGUUCCAUAUAAUUAGAUAUAAAUAUGUCAUAUAAUCACAUUUAAUCUCAUCAUCAUCAUUGUCAUCAUCUAUCUUCAUGGAAUUGUGCAUCAUAGUCUGUGUAUGUUCUCAAAUUCAGUGUAUACAUUUUUCAAAAUAGAAAAAAGCUGUCCUGUUAUUGACUGC